AUGUCAUUUGAGUCAGAAUUUGUUAGUAAAUUACAAGAUUUAAAAGAUACUCAAGAUUCAAUAGUUUCAUUAUCAAAAUGGGUAUUACAACAGAAUAAUCCAAAGGGAUCUUCGUUGAUUUGGGCAUCUCACUUAAAAACUUCAACUAAUAAAUUGAAUAAUCUAUAUUUAUUGAAUGAUAUUGUACAACAUGCUAAAAAGUUUAGAUUAUAUGAAUUUUUAACUGAGUUCAAGACAGUUAUUCCAAGCUCAUUGAAGAUAAGUUAUGAUGAAGCAAAUACUACAGUUAAAGGUAAAAUUGCUAGAUUAUUGAAAUUAUGGGAAGAUCGAAAGGUUUAUUCAUCAGAUGAAAUUCAACAAUUUGCCAAGGCAUUAACUGAAGAAAGUAGUAUACGAUCAGAAUUAAAACAAAUUAAUGAAUUAUAUAAUAAUUUAGAUCAAUUAAAUAAAAUAAGUAAUAAUAAUUUAACCCAAUUUAGUAUUCAAACUAAAAAUUCUAAUAAUAUAAACGAAAAGAAAUUGGUAAUAAUUGAACGAUUAGCAAUUACUAGCAAAAAGAAUGUAACUGAUACUAAAUCAGUUAAAAUUGAAAUUAAACAACAAUUGGAAAAUUUAAUACUUCUGCUUGAUAAUAGUUUGAAAGAAGAUGAUAAUAAGAUAAAUAUAAUAGAUAGUAAAUUGAAUGCUUUGAAAAAUGUAGACGAAGAUGAUGAUGAUGAUGAGCUUCCAAUGUAUGAACAAGAUGAAGAAGAAGAGGAAGAAGAGGAAGAAAACACUAGAAAAAGGCCUAGUGAUGAACCAAUUGAAAAGAUAAAUAAAAAACCAACAUUGGAAGAUAAAGAAAAUGAAUCUCUGAAACAAGAAGUAAAAGAAGAGCCAAAAGAGCAAGGUUCAGAUGUGAUGAGUCUUUUAUCUAAACUAUCUUGA